CAGCUCGGCCGCUGGCUGGUCCGCCCGCCAAGAGGAGGAAACUCCGUCCCUUCCCGCUCGCCGCGGCCCGCGUCCCCACCCCGCGGGCUCUCCACCCUGCAGCGGCCGGGCGGCGUGGCCACGGAGGCGCCGAGGAGGGGCGAGCCGCCGCCGGCCAGCGGCGUGGCCCCGGGGGACAGGGUGCCCGAGCGGAGGCGGCGGCGCGGCGGCGGCGGCGGCGAAGGCGCGGCGCGCGAUGGCAGCUGCCUAGCCCGGCGCGCGCGGAGCAGCCCGGAGCUGUGGCUGGCCAGACGGUGCGUCUGGGCCGGGGAUCCCGGGGUGGCGGCCCGGCAGGCAGAGAUGGGCACCGAGGCCGGCGAGGGCAUCACUUUCUCCGUGCCGCCCUUCGCGUCCCCGGGCUUCUGCACCAUCCCGGAGGGCGGCAGCUGCCGGAGGGGCGGGGGAGCGGCGACGGGGGCCGAGGGCGAGCCGAGCCAGCUGCCCCUGCCGCCGCCGGGCAGCUUCUGGAACGUGGAGAGCGCGGCGGCCCCUGGCACGGCGUGCCCCGCCGCCGCCCCGGGGAGCAGCGCCGCCCGAGGCCGGGGCAACGCUGGCAGCGGGGGCGGCCGGCGGACCACCGUGGCGUAUGUGAUCAACGAGGCGAGCCAGGGGCAGCUGGUGGUGGCGGAGAGCGAGGCCCUGCAGAGCCUGCGGGAGGCGUGCGAGGCGGUGGGCGCCACCCUGGAGACCCUGCAUUUCGGGAAGCUGGACUUCGGGGAGACCGCCGUGCUGGACCGUUUCUACAACGCGGAUAUUGCUGUGGUGGAGAUGAGCGAUGCCUUCCGGCAGCCAUCCUUGUUUUACCAUCUUGGGGUGAGAGAAAGCUUCAGUAUGGCCAACAACAUCAUCCUCUACUGUGAUACCAACUCCGACUCUCUUCAGUCCCUGAAGGAAAUCAUUUGCCAGAAGAAUACUAUGUGCACUGGGAACUACACCUUCGUCCCCUACAUGGUGACUCCACACAACAAGGUCUACUGCUGUGACAGCAGCUUCAUGAAGGGCCUGACAGAGCUCAUGCAGCCCAACUUUGAGCUGUUGCUGGGGCCCAUCUGCUUACCUCUUGUGGACCGUUUUGUUCAGCUUUUGAAGGUGGCGCAAGCGAGUUGCAGCCAGUACUUCCGGGAAUCUAUACUCAGUGAUAUCAGGAAAGCUCGGAAUCUAUACACUGGGAAAGAGCUGGCAGCUGAAUUGGCAAGGAUUCGGCAGCGAGUAGACAAUAUCGAACUUUUGACAGCAGACAUCGUCAUCAACCUGUUGCUCUCCUACAGAGAUAUCCAGGACUAUGACUCCAUUGUGAAGCUGGUAGAAACUUUAGAAAAACUGCCGACCUUUGAUUUGGCCUCGCACCACCACGUGAAAUUUCACUAUGCAUUUGCGCUAAACAGGAGGAAUCUCCCUGGAGACCGAGCAAAAGCUCUUGACAUCAUGAUCCCAAUGGUGCAAAGUGAAGGCCAAGUUGCUUCGGAUAUGUAUUGUCUCGUUGGCCGAAUCUACAAAGAUAUGUUUUUGGAUUCAAAUUUCACCGACACUGAGAGCAGAGACCACGGAGCAUCCUGGUUCAAAAAGGCAUUCGUGUCUGAGCCAACCCUGCAGUCCGGAAUUAAUUAUGCGGUCCUCUUGCUGGCGGCUGGGCACCAGUUUGAAUCUUCCUUUGAGCUUCGGAAAGUUGGAGUGAAGCUCAGCAGCCUUCUGGGUAAAAAGGGGAACUUGGAAAAUCUCCAGAGCUACUGGGAAGUUGGAUUUUUUCUGGGAGCCAGUGUCCUGGCUAAUGACCACCUGAGGGUCAUUCAAGCAUCUGAGAAGCUGUUCAAGCUGAAGACCCCAGCAUGGUACCUCAAGUCCAUUGUGGAGACAAUUUUGAUAUAUAAGCAUUUUGUGAAACUGACCACGGAGCAGCCCACAGCCAAGCAGGAACUCGUGGACUUUUGGAUGGAUUUCCUGGUUGAGGCCACGAAAACAGAUGUCACUGUCGUUAGAUUUCCAGUAUUAAUAUUAGAGCCGACCAAAAUCUAUCAGCCUUCUUACCUGUCGAUCAACCAUGAGGUGGAGGAGAAGACAAUAUCUAUUUGGCAUGUGCUUCCUGACGACAAGAAAGGCAUACAUGAGUGGAACUUCAGUGCUUCCUCCAUCCGGGGAGUGAGUAUCUCCAAAUUUGAAGAACGAUGCUGUUUUCUUUACGUGCUUCACAAUUCUGACGAUUUCCAAAUCUACUUCUGCACAGAACUUCACUGUAAAAAGUUUUUUGAAAUGGUGAACACCAUCACGGAAGAAAAGGGGAGAGGAACAGAGGAGGGAGACUGUGAAGGCGACUCCCUGGAGUAUGACUAUGAAUAUGAUGAAAAUGGUGACAGAGUCGUAUUGGGAAAAGGCACUUAUGGGAUAGUCUACGCAGGUCGGGACCUGAGCAACCAGGUCAGAAUUGCUAUUAAGGAAAUCCCGGAGAGAGAUAGCAGAUACUCUCAGCCCCUGCAUGAAGAAAUUGCUUUGCACAAGCAUCUGAAACACAAAAACAUUGUCCAGUAUCUGGGCUCUUUCAGUGAGAAUGGCUUCAUCAAAAUCUUCAUGGAGCAAGUCCCAGGAGGAAGCCUUUCUGCUCUCCUUCGUUCAAAAUGGGGCCCAUUAAAAGACAAUGAGCAAACAAUUGGCUUUUAUACAAAGCAGAUAUUAGAAGGAUUAAAAUACCUUCAUGACAAUCAGAUAGUUCACCGGGAUAUAAAGGGUGACAAUGUAUUGAUUAAUACCUACAGUGGUGUUCUCAAGAUCUCUGACUUCGGGACAUCAAAGAGGCUUGCUGGCAUAAAUCCUUGUACCGAAACUUUUACAGGUACCCUUCAGUAUAUGGCGCCAGAAAUAAUCGAUAAAGGACCACGAGGCUAUGAAAAGGCUGCAGACAUCUGGUCCUUGGGCUGCACGAUCAUUGAAAUGGCUACUGGAAAACCGCCCUUUUAUGAACUGGGAGAGCCACAGGCAGCCAUGUUCAAGGUGGGGAUGUUCAAGGUCCACCCGGAGAUCCCAGAAUCCAUGUCUGCCGAGGCCAAGGCCUUCAUACUGAAGUGUUUCGAACCAGACCCUGACAAGAGAGCCUGUGCUAAUGACUUGCUUAUUGAUGAGUUCUUAAAAGUUUCCAGCAAAAAGAAAAAGACACAGCCCAAGCUUUCAGCUCUCUCGACUGGAUCGAAUGAGUAUCUUAGAAGCAUCUCCCUGCCGGUCCCUGUCCUGGUAGAAGACACCAGCAGCAGCAGCGAGUAUGGCUCUGUUUCUCCUGACACAGAGCUGAAAGUGGACCCCUUCUCCUUCAAAACCAGAGCCAAGUCCUGCGGAGAAAAGGACGGGAAAGGGAUGCGGACACUCUUUCUGGGCAUUCCAGAUGAGAACUUCGAAGAUCACAGUGCGCCCCCGUCCCCUGAAGAGAAAGACUCGGGCUUCUUUAUGCUGCGAAAGGACAGUGAGAGGCGGGCCACCCUUCACAGGAUCCUGACUGAAGACCAGGACAAGGUGGUUCGGAACCUGAUGGAAUCUCUAGCCCAGGGUGCUGAAGAGCCUAAACUCAAGUGGGAACACAUCACGACCCUCAUCGCGAGCCUCAGGGAGUUCGUGAGGUCAACCGACCGAAAAAUCAUAGCCACUACGCUGUCGAAGCUGAAGCUAGAGCUGGACUUCGACAGCCACGGCAUCAGCCAGGUGCAGGUGGUCCUCUUUAGCUUCCAGGACGCGGUCAAUAAAGUUCUUCGGAAUCAUAACAUCAAGCCGCACUGGAUGUUUGCCUUGGACAGUAUCAUCCGAAAGGCUGUGCAAACGGCUAUUACCAUCCUGGUUCCAGAGUUGAGGCCACAUUUCAGCCUUGCAUCUGAGAGUGACACUGCUGAUCCAGAAGACUUGGAUGUUGAAGAGGAACACGAGGAAUCGCCUUCGAAUCAAAGUGUCCGAAGGCCUCAGGCCGUGGUUGAGGAUGCCGUGGCUACCUCAGGCGUGAGCACACUCAGCUCCACUGUUUCCCACGAUUCCCAGAGCGCUCACCGGUCGCUGAACGUGCAGCUCGGAAGGAUGAAAAUAGAAACUAAUAGAUUACUUGAAGAAUUAGUGGGGAAAGAAAAAGAGUUACAGGCACUUCUUCAUCAAGCCAUUGAAGAGAAAGACCAAGAAAUUAAAUACCUGAAGCUCAAGUCCCAACCCAUAGAUGUCCCUGGGCUUCCCGUGUGCCACCUGAAAUCUCCUGGCACAACGACUGUGGAUUCUGAACUCACUGGCUGGCUGAGAGAAAACGGAGCUGACGAAGACACGAUAAGCCGGUUUCUGGCUGAGGAUUAUACGCUAGUGGAUGUUCUCUACUGCGUCACACGAGAUGAUUUAAAGUGCCUCAGACUAAGGGGAGGGAUGCUGUGCUCGCUGUGGAAGGCCAUCGCUGACUUUCGGGACAAAUGCACCUGACUGCCGCCCACCCGCCGAGUUAACCUUCAGCGGAGAUUCUGAACAUCGAUCCAGAGCUGCCCGCCUCGUGGGAGGGAGCGGUAGAGAGAGAAGAGGGAGAAGCUGCACUUUAAGUCCAGUAUUUGUUUACUCGUGUCAAAGAAAAAAAAACAGACAAAACACACUGAGCUUUCCUAACUUCUAUUUCCACAAAAUUCCGAAGGACUCUUUCAAAGUAAUCCUAAUUAGAAUUCUAAUGUCAAGGAUUGUUUCAGGCAACACAUUUUGAACUAUUUUUGAGUAAGCAGCUGUUGUGUUUCAGGCCAGUGUUUAUCACGGGACAGACAGAACCUUUCAUGUGACUGUGUACCACUGGAACAAAACCAAAAUGUGACCACAACCUUUUAGGGUUCUCUGUAGUAUGCCCCAACUAUCUGAUCAGACAUGCAUAAUUUCAAUCGUUGUAUAAAGUUUUUUUUUUUUUUUUAAGUGUGCAGAAUCUGAGAGUAAUGGUUUCUAUUCUCUGUGCUAAUUGUCAUAUUGACUGUGUUUUGUAACUUAAGUUUCUGGCCUAGAGUGUUUUCUGGAGGAGUUUAUGUACUACUGAACGGCACCAGUUGCACAUGCCUGGAUUGUAGUGAUGUUAGCUUGUUCUAAAGCUAUCUGUUGUGUCAUAUUUACUCGAAAAGUAAAAAGAUUGCCAACACGCCACUUUGACAAAGUCCAGAGAAUUCUUACUUUGUGCUGAGGAACUAAACGACUGGGUUAAAAUUUAGUUCUUUUUCUGUUUUGCUCUGUUUUUUCAACUACAACUUAAAGUAGACUCUGUCUCAAGUCAAGCAGUGUAAGGACAGCUGGGAUCCAGAUUGCUUCUUGGGGACAGCAGAGGGCGUACAAAAAGAGUCGUGAAAGGGAACAUUUUAAACCGUGUAUUUUUCCCCAAGAUAGAUCCCAAGUUACCUUGAAAAAGACGCCGUUCCUUAUCUUAAGAGAUUUGUGAGAGGCUCCUAACGGAUAUCAUUGUCUUUUCUGUCUCCCUCGUGUGGGUCUCAUGUCUGGGGAAUUUUUUGAGCCAAAUAUUCUAUUUUUUGUGAGCCUCCCCAUGUUGAUAAGAUAAGACCUGCAGCUCCCGGAUGGAGAAAUAAGGAAAACCUCCCGAGCACUGAGGAACGUGCUUACUGCAGGGGAUGGAAGCAGGAUGCAUGUGUGAGUGUUGUGACUUUACCCACAUGAAAGUCUCCAGUGAAGUGAAAACGGUCUUGAUUUCUCUGUGAAAAUAAAAGUGUGAUGCACCAUGUUGCAUCUGAGACUA